AAAGGGUCUAAGAUUCGUACCAUCUCCUCGGAUACACCCAAAAAUCAACAAAAUCACGAAGUACCUCCCUCUUCUCCUUGUCGCACUCAAUACAUUGCUAGCGCUGAUAACUUUCCUUUCCUUCAUGGAACUGGAGAUAACAACUCGAGGGUUCGCACCGCCUCUUCAGCUUCGAGCGUGACUUCGAAGUCGGACUCUUCCAAUGGCGAAGAAGAAGGUGAUCAUGCAGAGGUGCUUCUAAUCGAAGGCGACAGCAUUGCUGAGUGCGACGAAAUAGAGGAGGACAACGCUAGUGAACAUCAAGAUCAGCCCACUUUCUCUGAUAAUGACGAGAGUGGACAAAAUGAGAUAGAAGAUGGAAAAGAAGAGGAUACCAACGGGAGAUGCCUAGAGACGAAGCAGCUUACUCUGCCGUAUGCUUCGGUUUCUAGGUCAUCAAGAAAGACAGUGUAUAAUGAGGAUGGAACCGGUCCAGCUUCUUCGUCUUCUUCCUCCUCCUCUUCUGCUGCUACAAUGGCUUCACUUGGGGCUCUAGGUCUGGGGAAGCGCCUCAGUGAAACAGCUGGAGGUGAGGUGGUCGACAAAAAUGUCCAAAUCACUUCUCGAAGGGAGACAAACGAUUGUCCAUCCACGUGGUCAGCGUCAAGUACAGAUGUAGAAGACUAUUUACGUCGUUUUCGGCAGGAGUUGGUAGAUAAGUACAAGCCUUCGACCAUUGUGACACCCAGUCAAAAGAAAUUGAUGAUUUCCGAAGAAGAAGCUGAGACUCUAACCUCUCUUCAAACUCACGCUUGUGUUGUGCGUACAAUACCAGUGGCAAGCAUGGACGAUCGAGGAACCGAAGCCGACGCAGAGUCCGCUGAUUAUGACGAACCAACAGGAGUUGGUGGUCCGCUGGACGAGGAUUCAGCAUCAGAAAGUGCAACCAUCUCAAUGCAAGCACCCAAAAGUUUUCUGCCUAAUUGUUCACAGGACGCGGCAUGGAGGGAUGCUAACGCUCCUGUACCACACUGCCACCUGCAAGCGCUUAAACUAGCUAGGGAGGCGGCAGAGUCUGUCAGACUUCAAAACCCUGCUCGGCUAACCUCGGCAUCACGGCCUCUGGGUCAGGAGUUUGUUGAGGAUCCAAUUCGUCAGAGGAUUCAUGCCAAUCUGUCUAGUCUGGUGAGAAAGACCAAUCUAACAACAGGUGAUCGUUUGCAGCGAUCAGAGGCUACGGCAGCAGCAAUUUUGAAGUCGACGCCUCAGGACGACUCAACAGUGGCAUCCACCUCGUCUUCCUCUGCCACCUCGGUGCAGCUGUCAUCGCGUUCGCUGGCUCGAGCAGCGCGCGCAAGAAGUGGCAGUGUUGCUAAAGGUGUUAAGCUUCGCACCAAGCCAAAUUCGUCCAUAGCCGAAAGGGUGGACAUUGGCAUGUGUCCCAUCUUCUUUGACACCAAUCUAAUUGCAGUGAAGGAAUUCGAAUGUCUGGUUCGACCCUCCAUUGUUUCAUCCGUCCUACCACUCCCUCCGCCAACUCACAGAACAAAUGCAAUGCUGUCACCUUCUAAAAUUCCGCUCGGUUCAGUGGUACCAACUGCUUGUUCGUACAAGCUUCUACUAAGGAUAGAGAGAGAGGCGACUGAAGACUGGAGGCAUGAUGUUGUGAUGCGCUUUCAGUGUGGAUACUUGCCCUUCCAGCAUCCUCCUGUGGUGAGGACAGUUCUCCCUACUCCAAACCACCACCUCUCCUUCUUCAAUUUCCCUGAACGCCUUUAUCUCCACCCAUCUUAUCCUUCACUUCCACCGCAGGACAUUGGAUGGACGGAGUUUCUCAUUCUGCGUCUAGCAAUCACAUGCAACGUUGAGUGA